CCUCCAGUUCCUGCAAGCAUCAAAUACAUAUAUGAACAGGAUGGAUGGUCUGCAUUUGCUGUCUGUUGGAAGUGUCCCCAUGUUUUGAAAAAAGGCACAAAUGACCCCUUUGCAUGCUACCCACAUUUCCCAGCAAAGACCUACAGCUACAUGCUUUCCACAACACUGGAGAAAGUUGAGGUAUCAUGGGUUAUGAGUCACUAUGCAUGGUGGCUGAUAUCUGAUAACCAUGUUGUCAUUCUUACAUUGAGUCAAGUGAGUGAAACUCUGUCU